CCUGCCCCGACAGAGGAGUGUGGCCCUCUCUGCACAUCUCUCCCCAGCAUCCUCUAACCAAGAUGCGUCAGCUCAAAGGGAAGCCAAAGAAAGAGACCUCCAAGGACAAGAAGGAGCGGAAGCAGGCCAUGCAGGAGGCCCGGCAGCAGAUCACCACUGUGGUGCUGCCUACCUUGGCUGUGGUGGUGCUCCUCAUUGUAGUGUUUGUGUACGUGGCCACGCGCCCCACCGUCACCGAGUGAGCACCGCCAUCCUGGCUUUCCUCUGCAGACAUGUCUGCAAUGCCGAGCUCUGGGCAGGAGUGCCCUGUCUCCUCUGGUCUUUGACUUGAUCAAUAUUUCUCUACUUUUGGGGGGGAAGGGAAAGGGAACAUUUUAUCAGUGAAUGUGCCAUUUACCCGAUGGUCCACUUCAUGUGCCUUUCAGACUUCAAAGCAGUGCGUGUGUGCGUGCGUGUGUGUGUGUGUGUGCGCGUGUGUCUCCCCCUUUCUCCUGAAAUCAACGCACAGCUGCACCUGGGGAGAGGAGGCCUCUCCGGGUGACCCUGUGCUUCCUGGCUCCGUUCACAGCUUUCUAAGGGGACAGCCUUUCUUCUCUGUACUUGAUGGGAUGUGAAAUACGCUGACUCAAAGUGAAAUAUUUAUUUUUGAAUAAAGGAGAUAAUAGUCUUAAACUGG